CUCUGACUUGAGGACGUUCUCGUGUUACCGCCACAGCAGGAGCUCAACAAUGGCGUCGAUUCUCUCGAAGAAGCAGAAGAAGAAGGGGAAAUACACGUUGAAGGAGCUCAAGUCAUUGGGUCGCGACCUCUUAUCUUCCCGAGCUCACAUCAACAACCUCCCUCUCCUUCUCUCCUUCGUCUCGCCGGAUUCUCCGCCUCAGUUCGUCGUCGAAUCCCUCCUUUCGCUCCAGUCCUUCUUCACCCCUCUUCUCUCUCAGCUUCCAUCAUCUUCAUCAUCAUCUUCGUCGUCGUCAAAGCGGCGUCUCAACGACGGCGAUCCUUCGGAAAAAUCGGGAGAUGACGAUCCCGAAGUUAUUUACAGGGCUUGGCUAAGGUCCAAGUUCGAUGAGUUCGUGAAACUCCUCUUCGAUGUUCUGGUCUCCGAGCAAUCCGAGGAUGUUUUAAGGGAAAUUGUUUUGGAUACACUUAUGGAGUUUGUAAAGCUUGGGAACAGGGGAAAGUUCCACUCUGCCAUCUACCACAGAUUACUUCAAGCUAUUGUUCACUCUUCGGUAUCUAUCGAUAUCUAUUCGGAAAUUUUUACCUCGAAGUAUUUCAAGUACAUUGACGUUCGUUAUUUUACUUAUAUCAGCAUGGAGAAGUGGGUUAAAACUCUACAAGCAACAAUUGUCUCUGGCGAUGAAACUAUGAGUGGUGAUAAAGGGAGUCACUUGAAAGAACGUAUGGAAGUUACAGUACGGAAGAUUUAUCAUGUCUUAUCUCGAAUCCCGCCUUUAGAAAAACAUGCUGAAGAUUCUCACCACGAGAUGUGGAGUAGUAGCUCAGGGGAUACUGUUCAAAAGAAACCUUCGGAUAAAAACCACAAGACCGAGGAACGUGAUAACAAUGUGCUUUCUCCAGCCACGAUAGCCAAAAGGAUGAAGUUGAAGUUCACAAAAGCAUGGAUUUCAUUUCUCAGACUACCUCUUCCACUCGACGUUUACAAGGAGGUUCUUGCUAAUCUUCAUAACACAGUCAUCCCUCAUCUCUCUAACCCGGCAAUGUUAUGUGACUUUUUAACGAAAUCAUAUGAUAUCGGUGGAGUUGUCAGUGUCAUGGCUCUGAGCAGUCUCUUCAUCCUCAUGACUUCACACAAGAUAGAGUACCCCAACUUCUACGAAAAGCUUUACACCCUAUUGGUCCCUUCUGUAUUUGUAGCAAAGCACAGAGCAAAGUUUUUUCAGCUUCUUGAUACCUGCCUGAAGUCACCAAUGCUUCCAGCGUAUUUAGCAGCUUCGUUCACGAAGAAGUUGAGCAGAUUGUCGCUUUCUGUCCCGCCCUCUGGCUCAUUGGUCAUAACGGCUUUAAUCUACAACCUAUUACGAAGACAUCCUUCAAUUAACUGCCUUGUCCACCGGGAAAUCACUGAAAAUUCCAAGGAAGGGAAUUCAGAAGCCGAUGAACAUGAUAAGAAAACUCGUGAAGAAAAUACUAAUAAAAAGCCCGGGAUUGACCAUUUCAAUUAUAUGGAGGAUGAUCCCAAGAAAUCCGGUGCACUGAAGAGUUCCUUAUGGGAGAUUGACACAUUGCGCCACCAUUACUGCCCGCCGGUUUCGAGAUUUGUUUCAUCACUGGAAACCGAUCUGACCGUCAGAGCAAAAACCACUGAGAUGAAUAUAGAAGAUUUCAGCUCUGGCUCAUAUGCCACCAUAUUCGGGGACGAGAUUCGGAGAAGGGUGAAACAAGUUCCUUUGGCGUUCUACAAAGCAGUUCCAACGUCUCUGUUUGCAGAAUCAGAUUUUCCUGGAUGGACGUUCGGACAUAGCCAUGGAAGCCGAAACAGUUGUCUGGAUUCCGCUGAUGCAAAACGUCAACGAGUAGAGGAAACAGUUGUCUGAAACUACGUUCGAGGAGGGAAGGCAUUGUCGCCAUUACCAGCAAACAAAAGAAAAACCCCGUAAGCCAGAUUUUGCAGCUUAGAUCUCAAAACAGCUUGUACCGUUUUCACUCUGUUCUUAGUUUAUCACAAAAAAAAAACACGUGAUUUGUCAUCUUCAAAAGACCAGAAAAAGAUCUGAAAGAUCAAACCUUUGUUCAUCUGCACGCUCAAACACAGGAUCAAUGAUCUUGGGUUGGAUGCAGAAUCUUUAAAAGAGUCGUUUUCGUGAAACG